AUGAAUGACAAAGUAGCAGCCACCCUGGUGCUGGUGGUUACCUACAGCAUAGUUGGAGCCUCUCUUUGGUGUCUAACCUAUGCUUGGCAUGAUGAGACGAAGCUCUACUACUGGUGUAUCGUACAGUUGCUGCCGGUGAUGCUUUGGGUAUGGUGUGUAAUAUCAUGGUGCGGAGCACAGCUCUUUGGCUACGCCAAAAGAGGGAAGGCUGAUUAA